AUGCCAGAGACCACGGAUGUGGUGACUUCCGUGCGAAUAGUGUCGGUGGAUUACUACUUGACGCCUCCAGUGCCCAAACUCGAUGUUACGUAUUCUGAGUUCCGCGGCGCCACCGUGAAGCGGGUGAGUUUCUCUUCCUGGCCAGUCCCUUGGCCACCAGUGACUCAUACGUCUGUCGUCCAGGUGCCCACCGUGCGCAUCUUCGGCUCCACGGCGGAUGGCGAGAAAGUGUGCGCUCACGUGCACGGAGUCUUCCCGUAUCUCUACAUUCCGAUGGACGAGACAACUCGAGAGUCAGAUGCUGCCCAGUUCGCCUACCAGAUCACGCACUCGCUGGACAAGGCGCUGAGCGUGACCCAGGGCAGAGUCUCCAGCACUGCCCAGCAUGUCUUCAAGGCAGUGCCGGUGCGAGGAAAGCCUUUCUACGGUUAUCACGCAAAGGAUCAUCUGUUCCUCAAGGUGUACUUCUACAAUCCGACAAUGGUGAAGAGGGCGGCCAAUCUCCUCCAGAAUGGCGCCAUUUGUGGGCGCGUCUUCCAGGCUCACGAAUCGCACGUGCCUUACAUUCUGCAAUUCUUCAUCGACUACAAUCUCUACGGCAUGAGUUUCUUGCAUGUUAACAGUGACACAGUUCGGUACAGAGAUGAGGAAGACGCGGGAGUGCCGCGGAUGGCGACGACGCGCGUGGAAAUGGAUCUGCAGGCCAGUGAGAUUCUCAACAGGACGCGCUUGAGGGUGUCUGGAUCGGAGCAUCAAAAUCCAGGCAUUGCAGCCAUUUGGGAAGAUGAAUUGCGCCGCAGGAAGUCAAUGAGUGAGGAGGAUUUGCCGCCGAUUGAGGUGCCGGAGUCACAAGAGAGACCCUUUGCCAGUGUCACAGAGACGGACAGGCGGUUUAGGGAGAUUCUCAGGAGGAAAUUGAUGCGAGAAGAUGCAGAUGGGAGUGUUUUGGACACGGGAAACUCAGUACAAAGUGGGAGGAAAUUCGAUUUGUCAAUUCUCCUCAACAAUUCAGUUUAUCCGGCGAGUUGUCCGAAGGAUAUGAGACUGCCAGAAGCGUCAAUGGUUCCUGAUCAUGUUUCUGGGCGUGAAAGUACUUUCUCACCGAUAAAGGAGAGUGAGAAGAGCUUUCUGGAAUCCUCCCUGGUGGACGAAAGUGUAGUUUUAAGUCUGGAAAGGCGAUCACAAAGUCGAGAUGAGACGUUGGACGAGGAGGAUCUCAAGUUGCUGGCCAUAAUGGAGCAACUGGAAGAGGGUGAUGAUCGAGAGAUUGAUCUCGACAGCACUCUGGCACCACUUAGUCAAUCAAGUCAAAGAUCAAUGAGUGUGCAGCUGAUUAAGCUGACGCAGAGUCAGGAGAAAUGUGAUCGUGUGGAGAAUCUCGACGAUCUGGCGGAUGAAUUUGAUGAGGAUCUGUUGAAUGUGUUCAAUGAGACGAUGGAUGGUGUUAUUCCACAAUUGGAUGGUGAGCAUGAGAUGCAAAAGCAGAGUCCAACGAGAUUGCUGAAGAAGAGACGAAGCAGUUUUACCAAGGAGAGUUCACGGAAGAGCACAAGAUCACCGAGAAAAAAUAUCUACAGUCCAUUGAAUAUCAUUAUAACAUCACCAUCGAGUGCAUCGAAAAGGAAGCGAUCGAGUGAUUCUGUGACUCCUGUGAAGUUCAAGAGCAUACUCAAGACGCCUUCGUCCAGCGCAGGUCCGCCAAAUGGUCAUGCCAGUGAUCCGCCGAAGAAGAAGCUCAAAUUCAAUAAUAUUGUGAUUGUUAAUGGAUGUUUAAGGCAAUCACUGGAUGUCACACCAAAGCGAUCGCACAAGGAUCUCGAUGUGAAGAGAGCUCUAAAUGAACGAUUAGAGUUCUCACCGCCCAAAAACUAUGCCAAUCUGAUGGAGAAGCAUGGAAUUAAGGAUUGUUCGGUGCUUCUCACGCGAGUGGACAUCUCAGAUGUUGUGGAUUCGAGUGAGAAGAAGCCUGAAAUGGAGUCUUCGACGGUUAAAUCGGAUCUCACGGAUGAGUUUAAGGAUAUUAUCAAUAAGUCACCAGUUGUGUCUGUGGAGAGACUCGCCAUGGGAGACAUUUCGAAGCUGUCCAAUGGCGAGGAGGAGGAGGAGGAGGAAGAGGAGGUGAAGGAGAAGAGCUGUGAGAAGAAGCGAUCGUCCAAUGACAAGGCUCACAUGUACGAUGUUGAGCACAAUUUCUUCCCCAUCGCCGGACCGUCGAAUGUGAAUUACUACAGAGCGAGUGAUAUUCCGACUGAGUAUUAUGGCGGUGUGAUUGAUGGUCAGGAGAUGGAGGAUGACGAUGGCAUGACGAGUUUCUACGAUUUGACAAUGUGUGUGGAUUCGACGGAUGAUGAGUUGAGCGCCUUUGCGAGGGAGCAGGAAGCCAUUCUCACGGAUGUCAUGGCGUCGGAAUCUGUGGAUGAGACGGCGGAUAAUGUUGUGGUGAAGAUCUAUCCAAUGCCAUCGCCACCACAUCCGGACACAGUGCGAGAGACGAUGCAUGAAUACGGAAUUGAGGAGUUCAGCUAUCCGCAGCCCUUCUUCAGUGAUCCUGUGGAUCAGAGUGGACGCAGAGAAGUGGGUCAGAUGGUGUUGCAGGUGAAGGGAAAUACACUCAGCAUUUGUGAGGAGUUCAUCAGUUGUCUGGAGGAUUUGGAGGGAUUGUCGAAGUGGCGACAGAAGAAGUUCCAAACGGAAAUGGGAGAGUUUGUCGAUGACAGAGAGAAGGUGAACAUCAGGGAGUUCAUGGCGACGGAGAAGGAGGAGACAAUUGAGCCUCAGGAUGCGCCGCCAAGUGUCUCCGAGGCGCGCACGUGGCUGCGUGUGAGGGAGAAAGUGUCCGGGAGGAUCACGAUGGAGUCUGUGGAUGUGGACAGUCCGGUGAAGGUGAAGCGGGAGAAGCAGAAGAUGAUUGGGGACAUUGAGGAGUGCAAUGGCAAGGCUCGGUGCUCUCUAAGCUUCCAGAGUGAUCCCUUUGGUGGGCAGGAGUCGCAGGUGAUUGAGGCCUCUCCAUCGUCCCUGGAUGUGCUGAUGAAGACUGAUGAGAAAUCUUCCCUGAAGCAGCGAUUGUCGUAUGCAAAUCGACGACAGACGCGAAGUUGUCGACUGAAAGCGAGACUGAGGAAUGGACAUCGAGUGUCGUGUGACUCGACAAACUCCAGCAUCUCUGACAAACUGAUUAGUGAAUUAAUGGAGAGGAAAUCCUACCUAAAGACCCUGAAUUUGUCCAGUGACUCGCCGGAUCACGAUGUGAGUUCCAUCGAUGGCACAUUUGGGUUCAAGCAGGAUGUGGGCAAUAUGAGGAGCGCCAAGGCGUGCGUUGAGUACAACUUCCUCACCGUCUUCUCGCUGGAAUGCCACGUGCUGACGCGCGGCGAUCUCUGUCCGAAUCCAGACUUUGACGGCAUCGUGGCGAUCUUCUAUGCCGUGCAGAACAACGUGCCGGCGGACGACAGACGCCCGAGUCACGUGAGUGGUGUGAUUAUUGAUGAUAUGUUCAGCAAGGAUGUGGGUCUGCGACACUCUGGCGUGGAGAUUAAUGCCAUUCACGCGGAGGAUGAGAAGCAAGUGCUGGAGAAGCUCAUUGAGCUGAUCAAGUUCUGGGAUCCGGACAUUUUCCUCGGCUAUGAGAUUGAGAUGCACUCGUGGGGAUACAUAAUAGAGCGAGGAUUCGUCCUGGGAUUGAACAUGCCGAAUGCCUUGUCGAGACUGAGAGUGAAUGCUGAGGAAGUGAGGAGAACGGAUGAAGAGAAGGACGAUGGCGUGGAAUAUGAGUCAGAGUUGAAGAUUCCAGGCAGAAUUAUCCUCGAUGUGUGGCGUUUGCUGCGUGAGGAGAUCGCUCUGAUGUCCUACAGCUUCGAGAGCAUAGCCUAUCACAUUCUCCAUCGACGCUAUCCGAAGCGAUCCUAUCGAGAUCUCACGAAGCUGUGGAACAGCUCAAGAACUCGAUGGAUUGUGCUGCAGUACUUUCUCUUGAGGGCACGCGGAACUCUUGAAAUCCUGGAUCAACUCGAUCUGCUGGGACGCACCAGUGAGAUGGCCAAACUCUUUGGCAUUCAGUUCUUCGAGGUUCUCUCGCGAGGAUCACAAUUCCGCGUGGAGAGCAUGAUGCUGAGGAUGGCGAAGCCGAGGAACUUCAUCUCUGUGUCGCCGAGCAUUCAGCAGAGGGCUCACAUGAGGGCGCCUGAGUACUUGCCACUCAUCCUGGAGCCCGAAUCGCGCCUCUAUGUGGAUCCUGUGAUUGUGCUGGACUUUCAGAGUCUCUAUCCCAGCAUGAUGAUGGGAUACAACUACUGCUUCUCAACGUGUCUGGGAAGAGUUGAGCAUCUUGGAGAGUCAGAUCCCUUUGAAUUUGGUGCCAAUCAGCUUAAAAUCACGCCUGAACAGGUGAAGAAGUUCCUGCAGCGUGACUUGAUCACGAUCUCUCCCUGUGGCGUGGUGUUCGUGAAGUCUCAAGUGCGCGAAGGCGUUCUGCCGCGCAUGCUGAAGGAGAUCCUGGACACGCGCUUUAUGGUGAAGAAGGCAAUGAAGAUCCACUCAGCGCCGAGUCUUCAGCGGAUUCUGCACUCGCGUCAGCUGGGAUUGAAGCUGAUGGCGAACGUCACUUAUGGCUACACGGCGGCGAACUUCAGCGGCAGGAUGCCGUGCGUAGAAGUCGGCGACAGCGUGGUGAGCAAAGGAAGAGAGACACUCCAAAGAGCCAUUGCGCUGGUGGAGGCGAAUGAGAAGUGGCGCGUGCGAGUGGUUUACGGCGACACAGACUCCCUAUUCGUCCUGGUGCCGGGAAGAUCGCGCGAAGAGGCUUUCAGGAUUGGCAAUGAGAUAGUCGACGCGGUGACGCAGGACAAUCCGAAGCCCGUGAAGUUGAAGCUGGAGAAAGUCUAUCAGCCGUGCAUCUUGCAGACGAAGAAGCGCUAUGUGGGAUACAUGUACGAGAGUCCUGGACAGAAGGAGCCUGUGUACGAGGCGAAGGGCAUUGAGACUGUCCGACGCGAUGGUUGUCCGAUUGUGGCGAAGAUGCUGGAGAAGUGUCUGAAGAUUCUCUUCGAGACGCGCGAUGUGAGCAUAAUUAAGCGAUACACUUUGCGACAAUUCACAAAGAUCCUGAGCGGGAAGGGAAAUGUGCAGGAGUUGGUGUUUGCAAAGGAGUUCAGAGGUGUGAAUGGAUACAAGGCGGGCGCUUGUGUGCCGGCGCUGGAAUUGACAAGAAAGUGGAAGCAAAGUGAUCCGCGAAUGGAGCCGAGAAAAGGCGAAAGAGUUCCUUAUGUGAUUGUCAAUGGACCGCCAGGAUUGCCGUUGAUUAAGCUGGUCCGGAGUCCGAAGGAUCUGCUGAUGGAUGAGGGACUCAAGAUAAAUGCCUUCUAUUACAUUCAGAAAGUCAUAAUUCCACCACUCAAUCGAUGUCUUCUCCUUAUCGGAGUUGAUGUCAAUGAUUGGUUCACAAAUAUGCCCAGAACGGCUGCAUUUCUGCCCACAAUUGUGUCAGAAUCGAGAACAUCGGCAAUUGGUGAGGCGAAGAAGAGCACAAUUUCGCAGUACUUUGCUACAAGGAGUUGCGCCGCAGGAUGUGGGAAUCAGACAAGUGAUGGAAUAUGCGUAAACUGUGUCAGAAUUCAUCCUCAAAAGACACUCCUGACCAUUUACAAUAGGAUUUCCACGCUCGAGAGGAAGUAUUGUGGUGUCAUGAAGAUUUGCCAAAUGUGCUGUGGAAAUGAUCGGGAGACUGAUUGCUCAUCCCUGGAUUGUCCUGUUCUCUUUGUUCGCACUCAGGCAUGGCGCGAAAGGAAGCAUGUGGAUUUCGCGAUGCGGGCACUCGAUAAUCGCAUGUAGAAUGGUGAAUUUUGUAUUGAAAAAUUAAAGAAAAAACUGUGAUUCAGUGAA